AUGGCGAUCACAGCAACCGACGGCGUUCACAGCAACAGACAGCGUGUGCUCCAUGUAUGGCAUUCACAGCAACGAAUGGCGUGUGCUCCAUGUAUGGCGUUCACAGCAACCGAUGGCGUGUGCUCCAUGUAUGGCGUUCACAGCAACGAAUGGCGUGUGCUCCAUGUAUGGCGUUCACAGCAACGAAUGGCGUGUGCUCCAUGUAUGGCGUUCACAGCAACAGACAGCGUGUGCUCCAUGUAUGGCGUUCACAGCAACCGACGGCGUUCACAGCAACAGACAGCGUGUGCUCCAUGUAUGGCGUUCACAGCAACAAAUGGUGUGUGCUCCAUGUAUGGCGUUCACAGCUACCGAUGGCGUUCACAGCAACCGAUGGCGAUCACAGCAACCGAUGGCGAUCACAGCAACCGAUGGCGUGUGCUCCAUGUAUGGCGUUCACAGCAACGAAUGGCGUGUGCUCCAUGUAUGGCGUUCACAGCUACCGAUGGCGUGUGCUCCAUGUAUGGCGUUCACAGCUACCGAUGGCGUUCACAGCAACCGAUGGCGAUCACAGCAACCGAUGGCGAUCACAGCAACCGAUGGCGUGUGCUCCAUGUAUGGCGUUCACAGCAACGAAUGGCGUGUGCUCCAUGUAUGGCGUUCACAGCUACCGAUGGCGUGUGCUCCAUGUAUGGCGUUCACAGCAACCGAUGGCGAUCACAGCAACCGAUGGCGUGUGCUCCAUGA